AAUAUAUCAACUAUUUUAUAUUUUGGCUCUUUUUUUAUGUCUUAAAGCCUACCACACCCUCCAGGGCUCGGAAGUGUUUAAACAAAGUAUGAGAAAAUGGUUGACGGACUUGGAAAAGGUGUUAAAUAUGCAAUGUUUGCCGCAAAUGGAGUUAUUUUUAUUGGAGGACUGGUAGUGUUUGCAGUGGGGGUAUGGACUUUAGCCGACCGCUCGUUUAUGGAGCGACUGCUAGGAAGCAGUUUAUACGUGGCAUCGGCAGCCUUACUGAUAGCUGCCGGUGUCAUUGUGGCCAUCAUCUCAUUCUUAGGAUCAUUGGGUGCCUAUAAGGAGAUUCGGUGUAUGCUCUUAACCUUCUUCGUCAUCUUAUUCUUCAUAUUCAUUCUGAUGCUUAUCGGAGGUAUUCUGGGAUAUGUGUUCAGGAAUCAGGUGAUUGUCUUGUCUUAUGCCUCUUAG